UUGCUCCUUGAUCUUGCUCUUUUUUCAUCCAAAGGCAAGCCAAUUCAGUGUUGGACACCACAGGAAUUCACUCGCAGCUGGGAAGAAUACGCAGAAAACUAUUGCUGGGUAGCAAGCACCUACUACAUCCCUUCAAAUCAACACAGAGCUAUAUAUCUGCCGAUUGGGAAAUCUGGUUUCAUUUCAACUACAGGAAACGAGUCGCCAAUUAUUGAAUAUCAGCAAAGGAUGUACACGGGCCGUUUCAUUCUCUACUAUCAGUGGGCUCCUAUAUUGUUGGCUGUGCAAGCUUUACUCUUCUACAUACCCUGUUUGAUUUGGCGGUUAUUUGCACCAAGAUCUGGAUUUCAGGCAACUUACUAA